GUUCGAUCGAUGUAUUAUCGCCUAUUGCCACAAGUAUACCGCCCUUGCCCUACCGGAGCAACACAGGAAAAAAGCUCGUGCACGGCAUAGAAAGAUGAGACUAAGGCAACUAUAUCUGCGAUACUGGAAUGGAUAAGCCCGCUACCAAUUUGUCAAUGGACCUGAUUUUGGUGAGUUUAUACCUACACGUUCGGCAGUGUGUUGAAUAAAUGGAUCAAUUGCAGUUUGAAGUCAGCCCAUGAGGGUGCGGAGAUUCCCCUGGCUGUGGAAGAAUGUCGACCGUAGUAGAGAAGCUACAGUUGAUAUAACUUGCUCUCUCACUCGCCGCCGGAGUUUCACAGACGGAGUUUUUCUUUGUAUCACCCACUUCGCACUAUUGCCCGUAUCUUUAAGAAUAUCCAUGCUUUAUCUGUGUAUCAAUCGCAUUGGAGUAGGUAUAUCUACGAGUCAGGCCCAAAGAUCAAAAUUCACUGGAACACUUGAAUCCUGCCCUGAAGCGAUGCUCAUUGUCGAGCUAUGAGAGCCACUCGCGUGGGAAAUUAGUUAUACUCUGUUCUAUCCUACAUGGGAAGUCUGUGUUUAUCCUGUGGAACUAGAGACUGCUGGUUUUGAGACUGGUCCUGUGUGUUGACCCUUUCGCUAUGAUCAAGCACUCGAAUAUGAUCAUGGAUCCGAUGUCAGCUGGGCACUAUCAGAAGAAAGAUAGAAAUCAAUUAGCAUUUAAAUUGCUUAUAGAGCUGCUCUCAUAUCAAUUAGCAUAUCCUGAUCGAAACUCAACAUGAAUUGAUUACUGGCUGCCCUCCAAUAUGCCGCUUCGUUGAAAUCGGUCCGCGUACUACACUUGCCACUAUGGCCAGAAAAUCCGCUACUAGAUACUACAAGUCUUAUGCGACUUCGCAAUGGUCGCAUCUACAGUUUCUCUCCUAUCAGGACAACAAAGACGAAAUCUUGUAUAAUUAUUCAAACUCUAAUCCAUGGUCGGACAAGA